GUGCAAAGCCUAGCGCCGCUUCGCGCCACCUGCCGCCAGCCGGCGAGUGCUGGCGAGGAGGCCUUCCAGCUGAAGCUGCCUGCGAAGAGGCGCCAUCAGAUCCACAAGGUGGACAAAAUGCGAUCCGCAGAAGAAUGGGCAAAUCUGACAAAGGACAAAGAAGACUGCAAAUGGCAUUCGCCGAGCAAGCGUAGCUUCAUCCUCGACACUUCCAGCGAGUGGGUGCUCCACACCCCAACAGGAUCAAUCUUCGGCCUGAAGGAGCACCGAGGACAUCCUCUUCGCCACGUGGCCAGACUGCGGCUUUUGAAUCCGCGCGGCUGGUACAACAAGCUUUCCCACAGAGGCUGGCAUCGGGUUCGAGGCCCCGACGCAAGACCAUGCAAGCUUUGA